AUAUAGUGAAUGCAGGGUCUGGGGAGACCAGAUAUAGUGAAUGCAGGGUCCGGGAGACCAGAUAUAGUGAAUGCAGGGUCCGGGGAGACCAGAUAUAGUGAAUGCAGGGUUGGGGAGACCAGAUAUAGUGAAUGCAGGGGUCUGGGGAGACCGGAUAUUGAAUGCAGGGUCCAGGGAGACCAGAUAUAGUGAAUGCAGGGUCCGGGGGAGACCGGUAUAGUGAAUGCAGGGUCCGGGGAGACCGGAUAUAGUGAAUGCAGGGUCCGGGGGGAGACCGGAUAUAGUGAAUGCAGGGUCCGGGGAAUCCAGAUAUAGUGAAUGCAGGGUCCGAGGAAUCCAGAUAUAGUGAAUGCAGGGUCCGGGGAAUCCAGACAUAGUGAAUGCAGGGUCUGGGG